AUGUGCUAUUUAUUCACAUUACAGGACAUCAGUGCCUUCCGCUACGAGCUACUUGGAAUCCUGCGAUCAGCUGGUUUCAAUACUGGUCACACGGACAUCAAUCAGAAAACAUACACUCGGAACAAACGACGCAGUGCGAUGGCAGAACGGCGGCUAAAGAAAGGCCUUCCAGAAUUUGACAUACCAAUUCCAGAAAGUUUUCAAAAUGCUCGAAAGAACAGUCUAGCCUCGCUGGCAUCUGCAGAGAGCCAGUAA